UUCACACGUGAAACUUUGAAAUAAAACUAAAAGCUGGUUUACAAGAAAACUAAUAGGGAAACCAAAAAUAUGAGGUUAGGCGUCUUCUAUAUAUAUAUCACAAACUUGCAAUGAAAAAAAAACGCAACUAAGGAGAAAAUGGGUAUGAAGUCUCCAAAUAUUGCUGCAUUUAUGUUACCACUGCUUCUUAUACUUUUCACGCUUUCCUCUCAGCUUAAAGUCGUGGAAUCUACAGGCCGCAAACUUGCGUGGGGGUUUUCGGGAACACCUAUCGUGUACACACCACCUUCAAGGUCAUGUGGAACUUCUCCAGCAGUAUUCACUUCGAAGUGGAGGAGACCCCGACCAUGCAGGCUUCCUCCAGGCAGUUAUAUUCCUGCUUCUGACCAAUCUCCUUAACUACGUACUUCUGUGUCUUUGUGUCAGAGUUUUGAAGUUCUAUGCAAUAAUAAAGUGUAUGUGGUUUUAAGAUUUGGUUUACACAUCUAAAAACAUGUGCUCCUUUCAAAUGAUGUAAACAAAAAGUAUUGUGUUUAAUUAAAACUAAAAAUAAUAUUGUUGAUCAUAAAUCAUAAUAUCGAAAUAGUUGUUGAAUCCUUUUGAUGAUCAGUGGUUGAAUAAUCUCUAGCGUUUUUACCUCAGAUUUUGGAUUUGACUUUUAUGGAAUGUAUUAGUUUUAAGUAUCUGGGUGCAAUCUUAUCGCAUAUUCCGACGUUCUGUAACCAUUUUGUGUGCUACGUUUAAAUGUCAAAGAAC